AAUGCACAGCCACACUUUAUCAAUUUUAAAACAACAGUAUCUUAAGACUAUAGAUACAUUAUCUUGCUAAUAGAAAAUCAUAAGCACAGCAAGUGCUUUGAAGAAUUUUAAAUUAGUGGAUGUUGUUCACAGGAACCCAGAAGUAACUCACAAUUUAUAAACUAUUAAAUUGGAAUACCUCAUUAUCUAUUUCUAAAAACAAUCACUAUUGGUAUUAGAAUGUUUUUCGGGCAGAAGUUAAGCACAGAAAAUAGGAUAUUUUGUCUAAUUAAAUAACAUAUUAAAUGAAAAAGGAAUGAUACAUAGGCAUUUUAUCAAAAAUUCAAAUAAGAAUAGGCCUAAUCAAAAAUAAUAAUGA